CACGAUACUUCUAUCGAUAUUGAUACGGUGUUUCAACUUUAAGUCGCUCUUUACAGGUUCUUACAUUCGCUACGGUAGAUAAUUCAGGACUCUCAUCUUUUAUUCCGCUCUUUAUCUACGCAAUACCAGUACCAUCUCAACACAACAACUUAAUCCUACACCUACCUACAAACUUCAUUACAUAAGCCACCUUCAAAAUGCACUACACGCUCCUCACCCUCGCCCUUGCCGCCUCGGCAUACGCCAAAACCGACCUCUCAGGCUGCACCUCCUCCAAAGUAAUCACUAACGGUGGUGCAUCCCUCCUUUACUACGUCCCCGGGACGGGCGAAAUCUGCGCCUUCCUCGACUGCGGUGGUGGCCGCGCUCCCCCAAAAACCACAGUCCCCGGUUGCCCGCAGUAUUCUGGGACUGCGAGCUACGAACCUAGUUUCAUCUCUAUCGCGGCUGAGACAAGUUCAGCCGGGGGUGUGAGUGUGAAGUCGACAAUUGUGGAGACUGCGUCAGGAGCGAAGGAGACUGGAGCGUCGAGUGCGGAGGCAUCUGCUUCGGGGUCGAGUUUUGCAACGAUUACAACUGCACCGAAGAUCACUGGAACGGGGGGUCUAAGUCCUACGAGCGCACCUGGCAACAAUCUUACGGCCACGGUGACGCGACCGAGCUCGCAGUCGGCGAAUCCGUCGGCGCCUGCGGGAACUGGUGCCGCGAACCUGCUCGCGGUUGCUGGGAAGGGGGUCUUUGGAAUGGCUGUGGGGGUUGUUGGGUUCGCUUUGCUAUAGGGAUGGGGUUGAAAACGGAGAGGAGACGCCUAUGCAUGCAUGGAUAUAGAAUAUACAAUCGCAUUAGAGGGAGUUUUGAUAAUUCUUAAUACCAAUCACACAAUACAACAAACCAAAAUA